UCACCGAACAACGGUGGCACUGCGCGCACCCAACAACGUUCUCACUUUCCCAUUGGAGCUUCCAAGCACACUUGACAGGGCACCAUCGAAACGCGCCGACUGGGGGCACGGAUAAGCGCCCGUAGCCGUGGCUUUCUCCAAAUUGCCCCCGUCUCGGCCAGCCUCGGUGGAUGAUCUUCGUUCCUUCGUCUGGGCGUUCUUAAACCAGGUCGAUAUUCGGACCGCCAGGCUGCAGACGGUGACGUACGAGCGUGAUCUUGCUCGUCAAAACCAAGAUGGUGCUCAUAAUCCAUCCUCGUUACAGACAGGUAUCUCCGCCAGUGGCGUUCAAAACUGCGAUCUCCGCUAACAAAUCUACGGCCAAGCAAUGGGGAUUCGAGGUGGGGAAUCUUCGACCAAGCAACGAAGAUCCAAGGUUGGGAACAUCUGAGAAACCCAAGAGAUCAGGAUCUGCAUCGCCAGGAGCUGUGGGAUCAGGAACAACGCCUGCUGUGAACGCUAGGUCGGCGUGCGGACUGGAAGAGGCGACGUCAGGCUUGGCGGUGUCAGAUGGCACCCUUGAGGUUCGAGACGAUCUCCAGAACGCCCUGGAAGGGAUCGAAACUUCCGCGUUUGUCCAAUUCGGCCAUGUCAAGGCUGGCGCGGAUCUCCGGAGCUUGAAGGACUGGAUCACGAUCAUUGAGGUCCAAUGCGAGAGGACAGUGCCGCUCGAGUUCUUGGAUCUUGAAUUCACCCGCUUUGUUAACGCAGUUGACAAGUUGAAGGCCACCAAAGAAGCAUCCCAAGCGUUGGAGCCACAGCUCGCCGAUAUCCAACGUCAUCACGACUACUCCCGAUCCCAUCUCUGGGAGAUCGAAGACAACAGGGGUGCCUUCGAGGAUCCGGAUCCCAAUACCAGCAGUCUGGGAUUCUGUGGAUCCGGAUCCCAAUACCAGCAGUCUGGGAUUCUGUGGAUCUGCGGUCAUUGGGUCCAAGGCCAGGGGUUAGGCCACUCGAAAGAAGAUGAGCAGACGGAUGGAGAUGACGGUAGCCCCAAGGGCCCGGAGGACUCCCGGAUGGCGGACGAGGGACUGGAAGAAGAUACUCGGCGUGCUCUCACUCGGCUUCGUUAA